GAUUGACGUCGAGGAAGAAAAAGAACACAAGAUCGGAUUACAAGAUGGCGGUCUGUGGACGUUAGCAAGGAGGCCGUUGGAAUAGUUGUGCUCUGUGUGAAUUUACAGUUUGAUAUUAAGCCUCCUGUUGAGUUGUUUUACGUCGUAAACGUAAUGUGUUUAUGAAAUAGCUAAUGGUAUAUUUCGUUGCUGUUGUGAACUUUACUUAGACGUGCAUGUUUUGUAACAUGCGGGUGGAAACAAAGUUAACAGGUCGAGGGUAGGAAAACACUAGACGGGGUGAGGUGAUAGCUUGUUAGCAGCCUGCUAGCCUGCUAGCUCCGACUCGGUUAACCAUGUCGGACACUCGGCGACGAGUGAAAGUAUAUACGCUAAAUGAAGACCGGCAAUGGGAUGAUCGGGGUACCGGACACGUUUCGUCAACCUUUGUUGAACAAGUGAAGGGAAUAUCAUUAUUAGUUCGGGCUGAAUCAGACGGAUCACUACUAUUGGAGUCAAAGAUAAGCCCGAAUACUGCAUAUCAGAAACAACAGGACACACUGAUUGUCUGGUCAGAAGCAGAUAACUAUGACCUUGCCCUGAGUUUCCAGGAAAAGGCUGGCUGUGAUGAGAUCUGGGAGAAAAUUUGUCAGGUUCAAGGCAAGGACCCUGCCCUGGACAUCACCCAGGACCCCAUUGAUGAGUCGGAGGAGGAACGCUUUGAGGAGAUUCCAGAGACAAGCCACCUGGUAGAGCUCCCUCCUUGUGAACUCAGCCGCCUGGAGGAGAUCGCUGACCUGGUUACCUCUGUCCUGUCUUCGCCCAUCCGGAGGGAAAAACUCGCCCUGGCCCUGAUGAGUGAGGGCUACAUCAAGAAACUCCUGGGUCUCUUCAGAGUAUGUGAGGAUCUGGACAACAGAGAGGGCUUACAUCACCUCUAUGAGAUUGUCCGGGGUGUCUUGUUCCUCAAUAAAGCAGCCCUCUUUGAGGUGAUGUUCUCUGACGAUUGUAUCAUGGAUGUGGUGGGCUGCCUUGAGUAUGACCCAGCGCUGGUUCAGCCUAAACGGCACCGGGAGUUCUUGACCAAGACAGCAAAGUUUAAGGAGGUGAUCCCUAUCACGGACUCUGAGCUGCGGCAGAAGAUUCACCAGACUUACCGAGUGCAGUACAUCCAGGACAUCAUCCUGCCCACACCAUCUGUCUUUGAGGAGAACUUCCUGUCCACACUCACCUCCUUCAUCUUCUUCAACAAGGUUGAGAUUGUCAGUAUGUUGCAGGAGGAUGAGAAGUUCCUAACGGAGGUAUUUGCACAGCUCACAGAUGAAGGCACAGAUGACAGUAAAAGGAGAGAGCUUGUGAACUUUGUCAAGGAAUUCUGUGCUUUUUCACAAACGUUGCAACCGCAAAACAGGGACGCUUUCUUCAAAACUCUGGCAAACCUAGGCAUUUUACCUGCUCUUGAAAUAGUCAUGGGAAUGGAUGACCUGCAGGUGAGGGCAGCAGCCACAGACAUCUUCUCUUACCUGGUGGAAUUCAGCCCCUCCAUGGUCCGAGAGUUUGUCAUGCAGGAACCACAGCAGACGGAUGACGAUGUUCUGCUGAUAAAUGUUGUGAUCAAGCAGAUGAUUUGUGACUCUGACCCAGAGUUAGGAGGGGCUGUCCAGCUGAUGGGUCUGCUCAGGACGCUCAUUGACCCAGAGAACAUGCUGGCUUCCACCAAUAAAACUGAGAAGACAGAAUUUUUGAGUUUCUUCUACAAGUACUGCAUGCAUGUCCUGACUGCUCCUCUGCUGGCCAACACUGCACAUGACAAAAAUUCAAAAGAUCUGCAGGAGGGGUCAACUAAGAUCAACCCAGUCUGUCCGGACAACUUCCAGACAGCUCAGCUGCUGGCACUGAUCCUGGAGCUUCUGACCUUUUGUGUGGAGCACCACACCUAUCACAUCAAGACCUACAUCAUGAACAAAGACCUACUCAGGAGAGUGCUGGUGCUGAUGAACUCAAAGCACACCUUCCUCGCUCUUUGUGCGCUGCGUUUCAUGCGCAGGAUCAUUGGUCUGAAGGAUGAGUACUACAACCGCUACAUCAUCAAAGGAAACCUGUUUGAGCCUGUCAUUAAUGCCCUGCUGGACAACGGCACCCGUUACAACCUCCUCAACUCAGCCAUCAUAGAGCUCUUUGAGUUCAUUAAAGUGGAGGACAUCAAAUCUCUCAUAGCUCACAUUGUGGAUAACUUCUACAAAGCACUUGAAUCCAUUGAGUAUGUCCAGACUUUCAAGGGGCUGAAAGGCCGGUAUGAGCAGGAAAAAGACAGACAGAGCCAGAGACUGAACAGAUAUCGCAGGGAUGCACGGUCGUUGGACAAGGAUGAGGAGCUGUGGUUCAAUGAUGAUGAAGACGACGAUGAUGGCGAGGCUGUUGAUAAGCGGAUGGAGGAUGACUUCUCUGACAGCUACGGCAAAUACAUGGAAGCCAAAAAAGGAGCUGCCAACGGAUCUAAUGGUGCCAACAACAAUGGGAAAGCUGCUGUAAUCCCACCUUCCUCACCAGCCGUCACUCCAAACAACAGUUCAACUUCCUCUGUCAAAACAGUUGCUCUUCCUGCCACACCAGUAGUGAAGACUGCACUGGUUGGGUUGGUGGACUACCCUGACGACGAGGAUGAAGAAGAGGAGGAUGAGGAGGAGGAGCAGUCUCCGAGGAAGCGGCCCCGUCUGAGCUCUUAAGGCUAAUUGUCCUCUGUUUGGUCGCGGUGGAUGGACACUGAGUCCCUCCCAUCCUCCCUCCUUUGGUCGUCUCAUUGGUCCUUUGGCCUGCCUGUGCCAUCCGUCAGUCUCACUGAGGAAGACGGGCAAAGACGAGCUCCCACCUCACUCAGUCCCUCCUGAUCUCUGCUCCUCUUUUUCCCCCAGCGGAAGGAGAUGGAGAGCUUCUCUUUUUACUGGAAAGAAAGACAGAUCAGUCUGUUCCUCCAGCCCGUCGAUUUUACCUCUUCCUUUUACCAACAACCUCCUCCAGGAGAAUGCCAGAAUCUCCUUUCUUCCACUUGACCCUUUGCAAACUCAUCCCUCCUCCUCUUUCAUCACACUCUUUUGCUCUCCCAGUUCUCACCUCUGUCUGAACAACUUCUUUCUCUCAACUUUCUCCUCCUCAUCCACCUCAUCCUACAUAUUGACCAGAGAGGCUGUGGUGGAGAUCACAGUGGCAAGGCGGUUCCAAACUCUGCUCUGUUGCUAUAGCAACAGUAGCAAGGAAGCUGCGGUACUACAGCAACCCCACAGGAACCCUCACUCGUCCUCAUUUGAACUCUCCCUUCCAUCCCUCUUGAACCUGAACCAGUGAGCUCCAGAGACAGAGGAAGCCAGAACACAACCAGCCAGUGUACGAACUGUUCAGCAGGCCAGUCAGGCUAGCAGGACUAGCUGUCAUAGUAAUAGAAAGCUUGACUGGCUGAAGCAGCGUGUGUGCCGCCCUGCCGCAGAACUGUUGGGGGGGGGGGUAGAGGGAUCUAGGCAACGUGGAAGAACUGAAACAAAAACAUCAAGAGACAAGGGAGGUGACAAAUGACAAAAUGUACCAGAAUGAAAACUCAGCAGUAAUGAGGCUUAGAUCCAUAGGAGCGGGACUCAAACCUUCAAAAGCCAUGGCGUCUGUUUGGCCAAGGCACACACAAAACACAACACACAACGUCUCACACACAGGACUGCGUUAGCCAGAAAUCCUGUAUUUCAUGACUUUGUUAAAAAGUACUGUACAGAUGUUUUUUUUUUUUUCUUUUUAAUCAUUUGCCCCUGAUCUGAUUUUGAAAGGGGAGCGAGAUACCUACCUAACUGUGUAAUUUUUUUUGUCGUCGUCGCACAAAAAGGUGGGGUCACUGUUCACCCUUUCAGUCCAGUUCAUUUGAUUCAAUGUAAAAUGCUGGUUUUAAAAAUAACAUAUUAAAACUGCAGUAAAGUCAUUUUUGCAGCCAACAUUUUGAGGAUGUCUGGAGUUUUGUAUUUUAGUGGCCUCAUUAUGAUGCACAUGUAGCCUGGUUUUUGUUUUAACUGGGCGAAAACCCCAGUGCACGCUUUUGUUUCAGGAGGUUCAAGUCUUGGCGCCCUCCUCCCAGACAGAUCUCAGGUUCAGACUUCAAUUUGCAUCAUAAACAAAAAGCUGCCCACACUGCUAGUUGGUGAAACAUCUCACAUUUAUCACUGAGUGGAGAAUGAUUCUAGUGAGAUAUAAGCAGCUUGAGGUGCCAGGGGUUUUUAUCCCAGUUUGAAGGACUUUAAUGUUCAGAUCCAGGUCAGAAGUAUUCGGCUUAAUUCCACAGUAUAAUUUCAACUUUUCUUUGGCUUGUCCAGAAAAACAACUGUACAUCAAAAAUACAUUGAGGGAAAACUAAAAAAAAAAAAAAAAACUUUUUAAUUCAAACUUCAUGAAUGGAUGACCUGUUUUUAUUAGUUAUGAUAAAGAUGUUUUAACCCCAGAGUUGAUGCAGUGCAGUUUUUGACUCAAACAGCAUUGCUCAAGCGUAAUAUUUCUGACACAACUCACAGAUUUGUCAAUGUCAGAGGGCAGUGAGACAUUUCAGUGUCAGGUCAAAACAUUUCUCAUGUUAUAUCUUCUCUCCUGGUCUUACCACAAGCACACCUGAGAGGCAGAUGAAGGGAAACUUGCUAGAAAUGCUAGUGUUAAAUCACAAGCAGCAGGGGUAGGAGCACAAGUAAAACUUGUUAUUGCCAAUGUGCUUUUCAGGAGUUCAGGAGUUCAGCAGUACAUGAGCAGUGAAUUGUCUUUCCUCCUGUCUGUUAGUCGCCCAACAAUAUGACUGUUUAUGCGCUCCCUUGAUGAAUUUGUACCAAGUGCAUUUACUACCACUAUCCAUUCUUAACAUUUGUAUGAAUUUGAUAAGUUUUGAAAUUAAAUGUGACCCUGACAUUGAAA